CAUGCCCACUCCUCUCCUCGAGCCCGGCCAGCCAUGGUGACCCUGGGCCUGUCCCGUGUGGACGACGCCGUGGCCGCCAAGCACCCGGGGCUCGGGGAGUACGCGGCGUGCCAGUCCGGCGCCUUCGUGAAGGGCGUGGUCACCUUCCUCGCAGGCUCGGGCGCCGCCUUCGGGCUGCAGAUCCUGCUUCGGAGGAGGUUCCCGUACGGCUUCCAGUGGAGCGUGCUGCUGGCCGCGGUCGCAGGCUCGGCGGUCAGCUACGGGGUGACAAGAGUGGAGUCCCGGAGAUGCCGCGACCUCUGGCUCUUCCUGGAGACAGGGCGGCUCCCCAGCGACCCGGACACAGGUGGGCGCAGCUAGGAGAGCGUGGACACCGCCCUCAGCGGCCCUCGGCGCACCUGCUCUGCCGGCCCCGCAGAUUGGCAACACCCCCAAGACCCGCCCUGGAGCCGCUGUGACCAGGGGUGUGCUGUGGACAGGGCUGGUGCCCACACCCCUUCUCCAGCCCCUGCGGCCCCCACAGGGCCAAGGGGUCAGCUUGUCCAAGGCUAAUAAACAGCUUGUGCUUUC